GCGUGAGUGCGUGAGUGUGUGAGUGUGCGUGAGCCAGAAGCGAUUGCUCAACUUACGAGAAGUUGCAACAUUUGUCUUUAUCCAGACUGCAAAAGGGCUCUCGACAAAGAAGACGCGCGUUCGAUUCCUCUGCCACCAGAUGAAUGACAUGAGGCGUCUGUCAUGUGACCAGAGGAGGCCGACCACCACCAAAUCAUCAUCACCACCACACAGUCAUGUGCGUCUAUGUGUGGACCCUCCUGCUGCUGUUGAUGGUGCCAAGUGUCUACGGGACUCACGCCGUUUCGGAUGAAUGCAAGGACUAUGACGUUCAGUUUGAGCGCGUGUUCUCAGUGCCAGGAGACGUGGCCAUGAUCAACUGCACGCUGGCCUCUCCCGACGUCUUCAACUUGUCGACGGCGUCCUACAAGGUCGAGUGGUACCACGUGGAGACGGGACGAGCGCUUCGCAACGUCAGCCGUCGCGUCCUCAUCCGAGGGGAGACCCUGUGGUUGCUCAAUGUCACCAUGGAGCAUGACGGACAUUACCAGUGCGUGCUCAGGACGAGCGCGUCGGCCUGCUUCAAGCAGUCCACCGGGUUGGUGGUGGAGCAUCGGCUUCAAGGCGAGUGCGGUCGUCCACGCAAAGCCCAUCAGGUCCUCACCGUAGGCGUGACCGACACGCUCUCCUGUCCAGUCAGAGACGUCCUCAAAACGCUUCAAAGCUACGGCGUCACCGCCUCCGUCACGUGGUACCGAGGCUGCGACUUGAUUGAGGACGGCUUCGACGGACACGUUUACCGCGACCGAGCACGGCUGAAAAUUAAAGACGUGGACAGCCGCAACAACCGGCUGUACACGUGCACACUGGAUUUUAACCUGGGCGGCGUCGCGGCUUCCAUGUCGGAGACCAUCGAGGCUUGGGUGCAAGAGGAUUACUGCUUCGAGCCUCAAGUGCUGCAGCCAGCCAACGAUCUUGUCACAGCGGCCGUAGGGUCUCGUUUGACACGAAAAUGUCAAGUAUUUGUGCCGUGCAUUGGCACCGUUCCUGACGACCCUAUAGUGGACGUUUUAUGGUUGGAUGACAUCGACUUCUUUUCCAGCAACAACUCGGAAAGGAUCUUCGCUUCACAACCACGCGUGUGGCGUGCGAGCAUUCCCCGCAAAGGUGUGUGGAUGGAGAGCGUGCUGACCAUUUCCUCCCUGGAGGAGGCCGACUUCCUGGUCAACUACACGUGUCGAGCGUACAGCGCGCGAGGUUUCCGUCAGGCCCACUUUGCCGCGCUGCCUCAAGAAACGGACUUCACGGUUGCUGUCGGCUGUGUGCUUGGCGGCUUGGCGGCACUCGCGGUGAUGGCCGUGGUGGUGUACAGCCGAUUCAAGAUUGACAUUGUGCUGUUUUUGCGCAGCUCCUUCCCAGUCUUCUAUACAAACAAAGAAAACGACGGUAAGCAGUUUGACGCUUACGUGAUGGCCUACUACCCGCUCAACUGCCAGGUGGACGUUAGCCACAGAGUGCUAACGUUUGCGCUUGACAUUCUGCCGCAAGUGUUGGAAAAAGCUUGCGGCUACAAACUUUUCAUAGCUGGACGGGACUGCCUGCCAGGACAAGCCAUGGUGGACUCUGUGCACGAGAACAUGCUGGCCAGCCGCAGACUCCUCCUGCUCUACGGCGCCUCGCCCUUCCCCUGCACGCAUCGCCACCACCCCCACCGGCACGACAACAAACACACAAACUACAACCCUAACAACAACAACAACCUGGGCGAGGAGCUCUGUUUGGACCCGCGAUGUCAACACGAGUGUACGGUGGCCAUGCAUCAAGCACUCAUGGAGGGAACCCUCAAGGUGGUGCUGGUGGAGCUGGAGGAGGUCAGCACAGCCCAGCUAGCUCUCUUCCCGGAGUCGCUGCGUCACCUGCGGAGGAAACAAGGCGCUGUGUGCUGGUGGAAGGACCACCGCCAGCACCAGCAGUCGAAACUGAAGUGCUGGACCACUUCCACUGGGAAGUCCUCCACCGGUCCUGGAUGGGACCACAAGGAAGCACACUCGCCUGGUUUGCUCUCGCCGUCAUCCAGGUUCUGGAAGGAGAUCCGCUAUCACAUGCCCGUGAGGGCCAAGACAGUAGCGCCCCCUGAAAGGACGACCCUCUUGAAGGUGUAGCCACUCAAUUGAUACUUUUUGCUACUAUGACACCACAAUGCUCAAACAUGAAGAGCGGACUGAGUGGAGGAGAACCCGACAGCGUUUGCAGAACGAUAAUUAAUUUAGUUUUCUGGAGUGUAUGUAAUAAAAUGAAGUCAAAACAUUA